AUGAGCACAGGCGGGCUCAACAGGGCCGAAACGCCGCCCUUCCACCUGAAGCUCUUCUACCGCACAGGCGCCUUCCACAGACCAGAUGAAUUCAACACCUCCCAAACAUCCCUCCCACCGCACCUCUCCCUCCACACCUGGCCAGACUGCACGCUGCUAGAGCUAUCCCACCACCUCCUCGACGCCUCCCCUUCAAUCCUCCCUUCCCCCGCAAUAGGCACCCGCAUCUGCUUCCGCCUCAUAUACGUUGACACACGGGCCUCCGCAAACAGAAUAGACCGCCCCCACAUGCCGCGGCCGCGGCCGCGGUACGUGGCCAAGGACCUGGGCACCGUGGUGCUGGGGAGGGGCGGGCCCGGCGCGGGACCGGACGAGGGCGUGCCCGACGACGAGCCCGAUGCUGCUAGCGAGGAUGUGACGCUGGCCGAUGCCAGGUUCAUCACCGGCGACUUGCUCAGCUGCGCCAUCCUGCCGCCGGACGAGGUCACGGGGGACGUGAUGCCCGCGAGCAGUGCUAGGACGGGCCGUGGGGCCGGAGUGGGAGAGACUAGGGUCCCUCGGGGUGGCGAUGCGCCGCCGGGCGGAUUACGUGGGAGGGGGUUGCGGGGUGGCGGUGGUGGUCGGCGUGGUUCGUGGGGUUAUGGCGAGGGGAGGUUUCGGGUUUGGGACGAGCCGUUUGGGAGGGGAGGUGGUGGUGGUGGGGUGCCGGAGGGGGAAUGGAGGAGAGGGGAUAUGCUGCCUGAAGGUAUCCCAAAGGGUGGGCGGUGGUCGAGGUAG